AUGGCUUCUAUAACCGCGACCGUGACGGCGACUUUACUGUCGACCGUCACGACCACUGCUGCCGCCGCUGCCACCACCACAGCCGGUCCUGCUCCUCAAGGCGGUAUCUUGGAAGGCGUCUUACCGAAUACGUAUAUCCCAUCGAAUCCUAUUCAGUUGUUUAUCAUUCAGGCCGGUAUCAUCAUCAUACUAUGUCGUCUUCUUCACUACCCGCUAUCCUUCUUCGGUCAACCUCGCGUCAUCGCCGAGGUUAUUGGUGGUAUCCUUCUCGGUCCCUCCGUUCUAGCUCGAAUUCCUGGCUUCAAGAGUGCCAUAUUCCCUGCCGAUUCAAUGCCAGUUCUAAACAAUGCCGCCAACCUCGGCCUUAUCUUGUUUCUCUUCCUCAUCGGUCUCGAGGUCGACAUCCGCAUGUUCACUGCUAAUUGGCGCGUUGCUUUAAGUGUCGGUCUGGCUGGUAUGCUUUUACCAUUUGGCUUAGGUUGCGCCAUCGCCUGGGGCUUGUACAACCAGUUUCACAAUGACGGAAAUACCGUAGACAUCAACUUUGGCGUUUACGCCCUCUUUAUUGGUACUGCUUUGGCUAUCACGGCUUUCCCGGUUUUGUGCCGCAUCUUAUCCGAACUCAACAUGCUCGGUACUCCCGUAGGCGUCACCGUUCUUGCUGCUGGUGUUGGUAACGAUGUUGUCGGCUGGAUUUUACUUGCGCUUUGUGUCGCAUUGGUUAAUAACGGCUCUGGCAUAGCCGCACUUUGGGUCCUUCUCGUUGCUGUCGGUUGGGUUCUGUUCCUAGUCUUUGCUGUUAGGCCGCUUUUCCACUUGGCUCUGAGAAAGACGGGUAGUAUACAGAAUGGACCAACACAAGGCAUGAUCGCGGUUACCAUCUUGCUGGUCCUAACCUCGUCAUGGUUCACAAGUAUCAUUGGUGUGCAUGCUAUCUUUGGCGCCUUCUUGGUUGGAUUGAUUUGCCCCCACGAUGGUGGUUUCGCUAUCCAUGUGACCGAGAAGAUUGAAGAUUUAGUCACGGUUCUCCUUUUACCUCUUUACUUUGCCUUGUCUGGGUUAAGCACGGAUCUCGGCCUCUUGAACGAUGGCAUCACUUGGGGCUAUGUCAUUGGUGUCAUUGUAGUUGCUUUCUCCGGAAAGAUUAUUGGUGGUACACUUGCAGCUAAGGCGAUGAAGCUCGUCUGGAGAGAAAGUUUCUCAAUAGGCGUCUUGAUGAGCUGCAAGGGUUUGGUAGAGCUUAUUGUGCUGAAUAUUGGCCUCCAGGCAAGGAUCUUGUCGCAGAGGACAUUCACCAUAUUUGUUGUAAUGGCUCUGGUCACUACUGUCUCUACAACCCCCCUGACAAAAUGGCUGUAUCCUCCAUGGUACCAGAAGAAGCUCGAGCAGUGGAAACGUGGCGAGAUUGAUUGGGAUGGCAACCCGCUAGAGCCCAAGAACUCAAGUCAAUCUGAUUCUGCUUCUCACUUACGAGAGUUUAGAAUUCGCCGCCUCCUGAUCUAUCUUCGCCUAGACAGUCUUCCGAGUCUCUUCACAUUCAUAUCUCUUCUAGGCGACGAGAAAGUCACGCCAAGUCCGGAGGAAGUACCAAAACCUGAUGCUGACGAUGAUGUCGUUAAUGCUCCUAUUCCGGUUAUCCGGAGACGGCCCCUCGAAGUUCACGCUUUACGGUUGCUUGAGCUUACUGAGCGUACGUCGUCCGUCAUGAAGGUUUCUGAGAGUGACGAGUAUUCUCGACGCGAUCCAGUGGUGAAUGCAUUCCGAACCUUCUCUCGACUGCACGAUGUGGCAAUAUCAGGUAACGUGGUUAUCGCCCCCGAAGACUCUUAUGCCCAAACAGUCGUUGCGCAGGCUUCGGACCGAGAGUCUGACUUUGUCCUGAUUCCUUGGGGCGAAACUGGAAGUAAUAAGGAAGACCAGUCUAUCCCAUUUAGGAUUUCCUCAGAGGAUCGAUUUUCUGAGAAAUCUCACCUAGAAUUCGUCCAGGCGGCAUUGGGAAAUGCUGUCUGUAGUACAGGAAUCUUUAUCAGUAAAGAGGCUAGCGGUUUUGCAUCCGUGGAUAGGCCAGCCCUUCCUCGAACUAUUAGCAAUAUUUCGAUGCGUAGUCAUAGGGAAUGUGCCCUUCUUCCUAUCGCAGAUAAAUCGCUCAAUAUCUUCUUCCCCUAUCUUGGGGGCGUCGAUGAUCGAUACGCGCUGCGCUUCAUCCUCCACCUUGCUAAGAACCCGCUCAUCUCGGUUGCAAUCGCUCAUCUAAACUGCGUCGAAGGUGACGAUGAAAUUAUCCCUAUUUCGGAAGGAAACCUGGAACCCAGUUCGCCGACGUCUAUAUCUAAGAAUGGUAUCAACACUGAAAUAACAGCACAAGACACUUCUCUAUUUGCUACAUUGCAAUCUAAUAUUUCUCCUGAAUUGGCUAGUCGUGUGACGUUUACCGAGAUAUCUGUCACUGUCAGCACGGCUGUUAGGCGGGCGACCGAGCUAGCCAAAGAAACUGUUGGCAAGAACUCGCGCAAUUCCGGUGACAUCGUUGUCGUUGGGCGGAGACACCCUAGGCUCCCUGCUGCUGUGCGCACACUGGACCAGAGUAGCACGGAGUACGAGAUGCAGAAGACGAUAGGUGUUUUCGGUCAGACCAUGGCUAUGAGUGACGUCAAGGCCAGCGUGCUCGUCAUCCAAGCCGCAGGUUCAGGACUUGCGCAGUGA